AUGACUGGGCCAUUCUCCAAGCUCAAAGCCCAGUCACAGGGGAGCUCAGAGGAGCUGAGGUGUUUGCAGCUUAUCAACCAGCAGCAGGAGGGUUCGGACCUGGAGGAGCUGAUCAGCAACCAGUCCUGUCUCAAGCUGGCCAAAACCAUCAAAGCCUACGUGACCACGGUGACAGAGAAGAUCGUCCACAGGAGCACAGUGAAGGAAGCACAGAGGAGCUACUUCAACACCUCGGAGGGACAGGUUCUUCCCAAAACACCCAGCAAGCCCUCUGCACAUCUAACCCUCCGUCCUCAGAGCCUGGCCCAGGAUGGAAGCUCCAAGCGCUUUGGUAACCUUUCCCAGUCCUGCCGCCAUGCCAUCGCACGCUGGGAAGACAGCACAAUCCACUCGCACCUGCAGAACAUCACCUACCGGGAUGGCCGGCUGCGGGUCAACCAGGCAGGCAAAUACUACGUCUACUCACAGAUCUACUUCCGCUACCCCAGCGAUGGGGCCAGUGCCCGUGUCUCUGUCCCUCAGCUUGUGCAGUGCAUCAACUGGAAGACUUCCUACAGUCAACCCAUCCUCCUGCUCAAAGGAGUUGGCACCAAGUGCUGGGCCCCUGAGGCAAACUAUGGCCUCCAUGCUCUCUACCAGGGUGGACUGUUUGAGCUCAAAGUUGGCGAUGAGCUCUUUGUAUCAGUCUCCUCCCUGGCCAUUGACUACAAUGAUGCAGCAGCCAGCUAUUUUGGAGCUUUCCGGCUCGACCUGUGACAUCUUCCUCAUGCUCAUGUCCAUUCUCUGGCCAAACCUGUUUCUUCCGUAGUGACUCUCCUCUGUGGCCCACGAACAGUCC